AUUGAAAAGAAUGAAGAUGUAGUCCUGGGUAGAAGUAAAUCCCAGUUGGUUCAAAGAGGCUUUUUCCAAAAUAGGGGAGGAAUAAAACUGCAUUCUGCAUUUUUAAUGUCUUCAAGUCAUUCUUGACUCUUGUUGCCAUGAUGCCUGCUGCAAUAAAAAAACUCGAGAACACACCAAUGUAUGAUCCUCACCUUCUUGAAGAGCUUGAUUGGACCCAAAAUACUGCAACAUUUUCUCCUGCUAUUUCUCCUCAGGAUCCAGGAGAGGGUUUAGUUCUAAGACCUCUUUGCAGUGCUGACAUCAACAGAGGCUUUUUAAAAGUUCUAGGUCAACUGACUGAAACGGGAAUUGUUAGCCCCCAGCAAUUCCUUGAAAAUUUCGAACACAUGCGGAGUUCUGGGGACUACUAUGUUACAGUUGUGGAAGAUACUAAGCUAGGAGCGAUUGUAGCUACUGCAACCUUAGUCAUAGAACAUAAGUUCACUCACUCAUGUGCAAAGAGGGGCAGAAUAGAAGAUGUUGUUGUAAGUGGAGAUUGCAGAGGAAAACAGCUUGGGAAACUAUUGAUGUCAACUCUUACACUGCUAAGCAAGAGACUAAAUUGCUACAAAAUUACUCUUGAGUGUCUGCCAAAAAAUGUAGCUUUCUAUACAAAGUUUGGAUACUCAGUAUCUGAAGAAAACUAUAUGUACCAAAGGUUCUUCAAUUAAAGAAUUUCCAGCUGUCAUCUCUUAAUCAACUAUUGGUGGAGGAACUUGUACUACUGACUUCUUUUCAGAAAGCAAAUUCCCUGCAAAUAAAUAAUGAAUAGAUAUGAGACUACUAUGCUGCAGACUUUGAUUUUUGAUUUCCUAGUUACCAAGGUAACCUAUUAUAAGAAGUUUCCUAUUCAGCCAGUAUUUUUUUUUAUAGCUAGGAAAUGAGCCAUCUUUGCAAGGUAAGGAUGGCUUCUUCCCCAAAGUAAAUUUUAAUUUGAUGGGCUUUGUUUCCUUACCUUGCAUUUUUCUGUGAUGUGCUGCUUUUUGUUGGCAGCUAAACAGUAACUAGUAUGUUGGAAAUGUUUUUGUAAUUUUUUGUCACAAGGAAAACACUUGCAAGUUUUAUCUUUUAUGUUGACUUUUAAUGCACUUCAAAAUGGAUAAUCCCUAGUAUAGAUGUGUAGCUUGGUUUUAUUGGUUCUAUUGUUCUCACAAUGGAGAGAAAUUAUUACAAGUGGCAUUCUAUGCUUUGGCUGAUGCAUCGAAAUACCUCAUCUUUGCCUUUUCCAACUUGGUGCCCUUUAGAUAUGUUGAACCAAAGGUCUUAUAGUCAGUACAGUCUGUCUUGAACCAUUUCACAAAUUGAAGCAAAACUUGUAUAUGCAAAAUUUAUCAAUUUUUAAAUAUAUACUUUCUGUAAAAUAUAUGGUUUCGCAGAGGUAUUUUGUGCUUAAAAUCUUAGUUACAUUAAGUAUAAUUAUUGUCAAUGUAUUCAGUAGACUCUACAAAAAUGUUUCAUUAUGUUUUUUUUUUGUUUUAGAAGAAAUAAUUUAGCACUUUGCUUCAUUAUACACAUACCACGUUGGCUCAUCCACUCUCUAAAAGUAAUCAGAACUAUGUCUAAAAUGGACUCUGUUUCUGCAGAGUUUUUAAAGACAGUUUCUGAAGUACAAGGCAUCCAUAUGACCCUAAAACUCAUCUAAAAAUGCAAAAUUCUAGUUGAAUAAUGAGCACUUCUAAAGGAAUGCAGGUAGGCCAGAAGAGUAGUACUUUUAGCACCCCUGCAUAUUAUUG